AGUCUGCUGUACAGUCUAACCUAAUAUUGUCUAAUGUACAGUCUAACCUAAUAUUGUCUAAUGUACAGUCUAACCUAAUACAGUCUAAUGUACAUUCUAACAUAAUACUGUCUAAUGUACAGUCUAACCUAAUACAGUUAAUUGUACAGUCUAACCUAAUAUUGUCUAAUCUACAGUCUAAACUAAUACAGUCUAAUGUACAGUCUAACCUAAUGCAGUCUAAAGUACAUUCUAACAUAAUACUGUCUAAUGUACAGUCUAACCUAAUACUGUCUGAUGUACAGUCUAACCUAAUAUUGUCUAAUGUACAGUCUAACCUAAUACAGUCUAAUGUACAUUCUAACAUAAUACUGUCUAAUGUACAGUCUAACCUAAUACAGUCUAAUGUACAGUCUAACCUAAUACAGUCUAAUGUACAGUCUAACAUAAUAUAGUCUAAUGUACAGUCUAACCUAAUGCAGUCUAAUGUACAGUCUAACCUAAUAUUAUCUAAUGUACAGUCUAACCUAAUAUUGUCUAAUGUACAGUCUAACCUAAUGCAGUCUAAUGUACAGUCUAACUUAAUACAGUCUGAUGUACAGUCUAACCUAAUACUGUCUAAUGUACAGUCUAACAUAAUACUGUCUAAUGUACAGUCUAACCUAAUACAGUCUAAUGUACUCUUAAUGUGAUUGACUUUAAGGGAAGUCUCUUUUCUGUUUGUUUAGUGUGAUGAUGAACAUAUACAUGUGUUUAGCAGGACUAUGUUAAACAACAUGGACGUGCCAGGAUUAAGCAGAAUUAAUGCUGUGUGUUUAAAAAAACACCUUACAUCAGGCUUCAGUUAUUUCACCUGAGCCUUAUCAGGCAAGUCUACGCCUCUAGAUGCCAAUAUUGACAGAAGGUGCUGCUCCCAUGCUUCAGGGUGGAAUUCAAUAUAAAGCAGACAGACCCAAGUGGACCCUUGCUGGUGUAUAUUUCUUCCUCAUGUUAUUGUCAAAAAACGGGUUGCUUUAUGAGCGCUGAGGGAGAUAAUCAGCACCGAUGACUUCAGUAUGGCAUCGAUUGGACAAAUUAUCUUUUGGAGCAUGAUUGUUCUUAUAUUUGUAAUUGCUGGAAUCAUAAUUCUACUUCUGGCUAUUGCAUUUUCAGUGUCCCAGGGCUCUGUAGUGACUAAUACACCAUUUCCUGUGGGCAAUCUGGGAAAGGAUGUGAUGCUAGGCUGCAAGUUCCAAACCAAAACUGGCCAAAUUUCUUCUAGUGUGUCGAUCACCUGGCAAAAGGACGGCCUCACUGGGGUAGUUUAUCAGUUCCAGAACAACGCCGGUCAUUUACAGGAUCAGAACCCCCAGUUUAAAAACAGGGUGACUCUUUUUCCAGAUGUUAUCACCACAGGCAAUGCCUCCCUUCUCUUAAGGACGGUGAGGAUGGAGGAUGAGGGAGUGUAUCGCUGCAGUGUGACUGCUUCUGGAGUCACGGGUUCAGCCAGCAUUCGCCUCAGAGUGGGUGCUUUCUCAGCUCCCAAUAUAACCAGAUCAGAGAACAACAGUCUGGCAGCCAACGCUCCACGAUGGCUCCCUAAACCUGAUGUAACCUGGUUAGACUUGAAUGGAUCACAGUUAAACAGCAGCACUCAGUUUUCUACACUAACGAUGGGGAUUGUGCAGGUUACGAGCAACCUCCAAGUCCAAGUGACUGAUGGGAUCUACACCUGUAUCAUCCAGAAUGCUCUUGUCACAGCUCUCUCUACAGCAACAGUUACAGGUAAUGGAGUUUCAACAACGACUGACUUCACAUUUAAUUCAUCCCCAAACAUUAUGAAGUCACAUGUCAUCAGCACAUCCUUUAUCCUUUUCUGUAUGUUGGUACGGUGAAGGUACAACUUAUGGCUGGUGGAUAAGGCACAGACUAUUAGCAGAGACAUGAUUCACAUUGUGCUGUAAAACACACACACACACACACACACACACACACACACACACACACACACACACACACAAGGUUCUGUAAAUAAAAAAUAUUUUAAUAUAACCUUUAAAUAAACAUCAGUAAUGGCAAUGAAUAGAAUUGUUUUAUUUAAAUUCCUGCUGUUGACGUUGAUGAUUAUGUUAAUGAUGAUGAUGGUGAUGCUUUUUCUUUGGUCUUUCUGCUGUGAUGUAGUAAACCAGCAGAUGGCGACACUGCCGCUCACCGGUCAGAUGAUCAGGUCAAAGCGCGUGGCACUAUAAACCCCGCCCACCUGCCCGUACGCGUUCGCCGAUUGGUCAGACAGCUAAGUUCUCAAAUAUCUAUAACGUGAAAGCAGGUUGCCCGAUCCGGUGUUUUAUCGCGAGUCUAUCAUAUAAUCAUAAUAUUUACAUAGUAUUUACAUUAUAUACUAUAUUUUAAAUUAUCGAGUCGGAUUAUGACGUUAUAUUAGCGUUAUAUUAAGGUCUAUUAUACAUGUUUUUUAAACCUUUAAUAGGCGAAGGUUUUUUGCCUAAUGCAAACAGUAAAUCUAUGAAUGCCUGCAGUGGAUUAACAGGGAAAAUGUGAAUGUGGGAUUAAUGUGCACGUCAAGUCACUGAAUUUGAUUGAUUCAGUAAUUCGUUUAUUUAUCCUAAGAAUAUAAAAAUUGAUGCACAGUGAUGUAAAAAAAAUAAUGCAAAUCCAUACUGCGUGGUUCAUCUUGAUGCUCUUUCUCUGGAUUGAGGUCUAUGAAGUUACUAACAUAGUAGGAUGGAUUUUUAUUGUAAUAAUAUUAACAAUCUACUACAAUGACUCAGGACUACAGGUUGCAUGAACAGUUUUGCAUUUAGUCACAAACAAUGGCUUGCUUUUUAAGGGUAAACUUAAAAUUAUAUGAAAAAAAAACCUCACAUUUAAUAAAAUGUAUUCUCUUUUACAACUUAUAACCUCAUUAUCUCUGUAAAGCUGUUUUGAGUCAAUGUUCAUUGUUAAAAGCGCUCUACGAAUA